AUGUUAACAGGUCGCUAUAAUCAAACUGCUACGAACACUCUACAUGAACAUCAAGGAGGAAGAGGAAGCGAAGUCGAUAGUAAUGGCGAACAAAGAGUGAAUCAUUUACGUCCCUGGAGAAAACAUUGGAUUGUUAAGGAAAUUACUAAUAUUUUAUCACCAGUUUAUUCUUACGCUGUAAAGCCAAUAAUUAUAACCACAUUCAUUGUUGUUGCUUUUGCAGUCGCAUGGGCAGUAGCAUGGCAAUAUUGUCUUCCUGCUCUGGCAUGUAAUUAUAUACCAUUCGCAAAUUAUAUAUUACCAUUUUGCAAAGCAGAUUCUAACACACUACCACAAGCGCCAUUACCAGUACAAAAUCCGCCAUUACUAGUACAAAACCCAAAUAAUCCUCUGAUAAAACUGCCAUCAGUUCCGACGUUUGUUGAAAAAUCAACUGAAUUAGCUGAACGUCUUUCUAAUAUUGAUGUUAGUGCACCAAAUAAGUUAACUCAAGUAAGAAUAUCAUUAAUCGAUUUAAAAACACAAGUAAUUUAUAGUAAUAUUGAAGCGCCGUCAAAACAAAUACUUAAAAAUAAUAUUGAGGAAUUAAAAACGUCAGUUGAAUCAACAGCUGAGCGUAUACAUAAAAUGCUUGCUGCAUUUACUGGUACAUUAUCAAAAUUAGAAAUUUAUACAAGAUAUGCAUUAACAUCUUUGAAAGAUGAAUCAUUAAUUUUUACUACUUCUUCGUCAUCGUCGUCAAGUCAGUCGGAAAUAGCAACAUUAAAUUUUGAAAAUAGCAUUCAAUCACAGUUUCAACAUUAUGUGGAAAAAAUCGAAAAUGAAGUUGAACGUGUUAUACUUCUUGCAGAAGAUGUACAUUCACAGCUAUACAAUGUUGAAACAAAAUAUGAAACAAUAAAUGAUGUCUUAUGUGAAAGUCAUUUUAAAACACAAAAUAAAUUAGAUGAAAUUGAAGAAAAGAAAUUAAAGGAAGGACUUUUUGCUAAACUCUACCGCACGACGAUUGGUAAUAAUAAUAAUAUGGAUCAAAUAAAACAUCAACGUAAUGUUGAAACAUUAACGCUAUUUAAAGAUUAUAUAAAAGUGGGAAUAAUCGAUGUAAAUAAUAUAAUUAAUAGAUUAAAACGUUUUAAAUAUGAAGCUGAUGAAUUAAAAUUAAUUGUUUCAGAAAUUGACCUUGGACAAACAAUGUCAUUGAAUGUUCAUAUAGAUAUAUUACAAAAUGGUAUAGAACAAUUAAAACAAUCAAAACAACGUUUAGAUGGAAGAAUAAAGAAUAAACAAGUACACUGA